CCGCAAAAACCUCGAGACUCCUCGCGAGGCUAGGUGCCUCCUCCAUUGAACGUAGAAGCAGCUGCAAGAACGACGGUGAGAGUCAGCUACAACGAGGAACAUUCGUCAGGAACCAUUCCUCAGAACAGCGGGGAGCUCUGACAGCUUAAGAAUAUUUUGACGAAAUAGCAGCGAGAUUCGAAUGGAGUUGAACGUGCGGUGUUUGAGUUGUGCGUGUGAACUAGGAUGGAUCUGUGUGAUUGGGCAGUGCCAUCAGCCUCAGAAAGGUGAUGGUAAGGUAUUCAAUGUGAAUGAUAUGGAUCUGAGGAACAUAUGGGAUAAUACUCACAGUUCAGGGGGAUACAAUCACGAUAAUGAGCAUGAUGAUGAUAUUAAUGAUGAUGUGAAUGAUGAUGAUGAGGAUAAUAGUGAUAUGACUCUUUGGAAUCAGGAGACCGGGGGUGCUCAUAAUGAUGGUGAUAAUGAUCCAUCGGAAUCAUCUCAAAACGGUGAAUCAGGUGAUGAUGAUGAUGAUGAUGAUGAUGAUGAUGACACUGGUGACAUUAAUUGUUGGAAUCAGAAGACCGGGGAUGAAGAAAGGGAUCUGGGCGGUACAGUCUACUGGGAUAAGAAGAGGAGCGAAGACAAGAGAAUGGAUUUCAAAGAUUCCGACGACAUGAACGGCAGUGAGCAGGAGGGCGCGGACAACAGUUUUGAAAAAGCUCGUAACCGGCAGGGGAGGAGACGGGAUUGGUGAGUUCCUUGGUGCU